GGCCAUGAAUAUGGCCUUCGAUGAGUUCGUUAACAAAACCCGACUGACCCAGCCCCUGAUCAAUUUCUGCGUGAUUGUGUACAUGGAUGAUAUUUUGGUCUUUUCAAAAACACACGAGUACCACGUGGAACACAUUGAGUGGGUUUUGCAUGCAAUGAAAGAUGCGGGGUUCAAAGUGGCCUUUAAGAAAAGUGAGUUCUUCUUGUCAGAGAUCUCAUUCUUGGGGUAUAUCGUCACGGUCGACGGACUAAAACCGGAUCCGAGGAAGGUGACAGCAGUUCAAGACGCCCCGGCGCCGGUCACACUCACCCAGGUUCGGGCUUUUCUAGGGCUGACAUCCUAUUACCGACGCUUCAUCAAGGGGUUCGCCGGCAUAGCGAAGCCCCUCACGAACCUGCUGAAGAAAGAGGAACAGCUGAUCUGGACGCCGGAAUGCGAAGUGGCGUUUGAGGCGUUGAAGGAGGCUCUGACAUUUGCUCCUGUGUUGGCGCGCCCCGACCCGACAAGACCAUUCGCACUGUACACAUUCUGGCAGCCUCAGGUGAUAUCGGCGGUGCUGACUCAGCACGACAAGGACAGAAGGGAGCACAUCAUUGAGUAUGCGUCCAAGACGCUGAGCCAGGCGCAGGCUAAUUACGAAGCGUGCAAAGGUGAAUGCCUGGCGGUGGUGUGGGGGAUUCAACAUUUCCGACCAUAUCUGUACGGCCAGAAAUUCGUGCUGGUUACGGAUCAUCAGCCGCUGCUGUCCCUACGCAACAACACGGACUACACGGGGAUGCUGGGCAGGUGGGCGGUGCGUCUGCAAGACUAUGACUUCGACAUCCGCCACCGUGCCACACGGCAGCAUGGUAACGCCGAUGGAUUAACGCGCCUUCUGCCGCCCAACAAGUGUCCCGCCAACGAGCGACUCAUUCCGUGGAGGCCAGAAGUCGCGGUGACGAAACCGCACGACGGGGAGUUACACAUGCUAAGGAGCAGGAUGAACCAUCGCCAGCCGGAGCAUGAGCCCCUCGAGCACUUCCAGACGCUGCUUGCAGAUCGCUUGUUGCGGCAUCGGUUUAAUGAGGAGAGGCAGUUGCGGUACGACAUCCAACAGGUGAACGUGCCAGCGCUCGGGGUUGCUGAUUUGGCAGCGUACUCGUUGCUUUGCGAUCAGUUGACAUAUGCAGGAGUGUACAAGGACGUGACGCAGUUGCCUGGCCGGGAGACGACCCGAGUAUUCAUUGAGUUUCGUGCGCUCCAGGUGGCACCUAACUUCGUGCACAGCGUCGCCACCUUCAUCAGAGACUUGACGGUCCUACCGCAGCAGAAUCGGGAGCCGGCGCGCAGCUUUGUGCGUGAAUACGCUGUGGAAAAGGCCAGAUCAGUGGCCAGAGUGCAAGGACGGGGGGGACACCGAUUCACAACCCACGAAGUGCUGCUGCGUAGGGCAGAGGACGAACCGAUUGCGUUGCUCACGGAGGGCCCUCACCCCAUGCGCGAGUUCUCGAAGUAUUUGGUGGAGCUAACUGACGUGGAGCCGCUGCCCUUCGCCGACGAAGACGCGUGGGAGUUGCACCGUGCGCUGUACAAGUCGGUGGCGCUGGGGAUGUUCCGGUUCUUCGUGGAUCACGAAGACCACGCUAUCGGGGAGCACUUCGUCGUUUACUACGUCAUCGCGCGGCCCAAGCCGGCGGAGAAGGAAGGGACGGUGGCGCUGUACCCCUUCGCCCCGCUCCAGACAAUUGAUCCGGGAUUGUUGGAGCUCAUACAUCUUGAGCUCCUCUCCAUUGCGCAWGUGAUCGCGAGCGAGGAGGAGGAGAUCCAACCACGAUUGCGGACGGCGACGGCCCUGCGGAGAACGUACAACGCGGUCGUCAUCUUGGAUUACAUUGCGCAGCGCGCUGAGAGAUUGGAGGACUUCCCGGAGGAAAGGCCGUUGCGUCCUCCCUCGUCGUAUCCUCGACCAGCGCCACCGAAGGCCCCCAAGAAGACGCCGAAGAGGAAGAGACGCCACCCGUCACCAGGAGCGCAAGGCAGCAGGAUCGGCGGCGGCGAGGAGGUGAUUCAGCCCGCGCAUACGCGGAUUCCUGACCCUGUGCCUGGGAGUGCGGCGACGCUCGUUAAGGAGACUAUCGUGCCAUCGCCGCCCAUUCCGCGUGUGCCCGAUCUCAAUCUUGAUGGAGACGGGCCAUCAUCAGCAACAGCAGCUGGAGGAGGAAGCCGAAUGGGAUUUCCGGAUCCCAUAUCCAGACCCCCCCAAUCCAGCAAGCAGACGAACAAGCAAGCUGGUGGCUCUUCCUGCAGUAGGGGACAGGGCAGCGCCAUCAUGGCGAUGCUUUCCUCCUCCUCCUCCUCCUCCUCCUCCUUCUCCUUCUCCUUCUCCUCCUCGUAUUCCACCUCUUGGCUCCGAGUUCAACUGGGUGUCCUCGCGGCCCUCCUGCUUUGUUCCUUGGUCCCGUCCGCGUCCGCGUCCGCCGCGUACUUCGACGAUGGACCUGCGGACAACUUGAUCCUUCAAUGGAACAAAGCGGCCACUAGCGAGCAUGUUUUGCUGCAUCUGGCGCAGCUCAAGGUACUCAAGGGAAUCAAGGAUGGCCGCAGCGAUGCCAAUCCAACCGCGGCUGCCGCAUACGUCAGCCAUUUUGUCCUGCGCACGUUUCACUGGGAGAAGCAAGGCACAUAUGACUUUUUGCUGCAAACACAGCUGAGACCACUUAACUUGACGAAGGAGGAGAAAAUAAAGGCCCGGCGAUAUGCAAUCAAGGUGGCUCUUCCAAUUGUUCGGGGAAGGAUAACUUCCAGUGAUUAUCUUUACUACCCAAUGAAGGAGCCCGCACCACCCAAUGGACCAGUUGGUGUCUAUCAAUUUACUCCUGGGCAGGUCUAUAUGCUUUACGGCGAUGUUGGUCUACAGCCAUUCUUUGCGAAAGACACAACAUCCUAUAUCAGGGCGAUUAGGCCGCCACCCGUACCAAGCCCCAUCUACAAUGCUGCCUUGAAAGAGGUCAGGGAAAUUGGAGGUCUAAAUGGGAGUACCCGGACGAAGGAGCAAGACGAAAUUCUUCUAUUUCAUGCACAUGGAAUAUCAUUCACCACUCUUCCGGUGGUAUGGUACCUCAUUGCCAGGAAAGUUCUUCCUAGCAGUAUUUCCUUGUAUGAUACAGCAUAUGUCCUCAUGGAGAUAGCAGCGUCCUUUGCUGAUGGUGGUCGCGUAAUCGCUGGAGCCAAGGCGGAGUACUUUUUCUGGAGACCUAUUACAGCAAUAAGGCAAGGGGACUCAGAAAAUAAGCCUGUCAAGGAAUGGACGCCUACGGUACCCACUUUUGAAGAUCCAGAGUUUCCCAGUGGCACAGCAUUUGUCUCUAAGGGGGGUAUACUAGCACUAAAGAAUUACUUUGGCACAGAAAAUGUGACCUUCAACUUGACGGUAACCGUUCCAUUUGGUGGUCAGAAUAUCACUAGGACGUACGGAUCUUUCUCUCAAUAUGCCGAGGAGAUGGGACUCUGGAGAACAGCGGUGGAGGAAGCAUCUCACAAAGCAGGGCCUGAUGCCCCGGGGCCAAUUCCACACAAGCCAGGUUUCAAAAAUCGUUUCGGAGAAACUGAAGCAGCAGUUCAAGUAAACAAUGGAGCAGUGGCAUAAGUUCCUGCUCUGCAAGGAAUGUCUGAUGAGCAAGAGGUUCAGAUUGGGCAUGUUAAACUUGCUGGAAGACAUGACAUUGUUUGUCUUUCGUUAGCUGAUGAAGACCUAUAAACUAGUAUACAGCUAAAACUUGAACUGAUCAGCUUUCAGGACAUGGACGAGAGAGAACUUCAAGUAGAGGAAGCGGUUUUAGUGCGAUGGGGCGUCUGUCGAUACAUUUGGCCUGUUGUUUUGUGUAGGUGACCUGUUGGAAGUAGGGUCUGGAUGGGUUGAGGUUGUCCUCGAAAGCAGUCUUUUUUUUUUUUUUUUUUUUUUUUUUUGUACUCGAAACCAGUCAGUGGUUUUCCGAAGAAAAGAAUCAGCAAAAUGUGUAUGACUGAUCCUUCAAAAAGGAAAGAAAGACGUGGGUGGCGCCGUUGACAUGGA